AUGGAAGAUAACGAGCAGUUCGAGGGCAACACGCCAGAAGCCAUCAGAAUUCUCAAAUAUUACUUCGUACUCAUGGCCGCGCUCUUCAUACUAGCUGGCUAUGCUGCGUGGUCUUUCUACCGUCGAACGGCGAGGAAAAGAGAGCUGCGGCGUCAGGCGGAAGAGGAAGCACUGGCAAGGGAUAUGCAAGCAUGGUCCCACCCUCGAAUUUUCAUGCAUGGGAGAUAUGCUGCCAGCCAUAUGCCUUUUGUACUCCAGGAAGAAGGCCUGGAUCGCAACGGCGAGGCCCCGCCACCAUAUCGAGCCAAGCUAGAAGAAGCCCCCGCUUUAUACAUAACGAUUCCGCUUCCAACCCUAUCGAGGACCAGGGGCCGACGCUCACAGCCGCCCCAAUAUCACGUGUGCAUCGGAGACACCACGGCUAGCGAGAGGCAGGGUGUGGAGCGCUCUGGGAAGGAUCAUGGUGGCAAGGCAUGA